AUGGAUAAAGUGUAUACAAAGAGCCUGCACCCCGUUGGCUUUGGACGCCCGCUAUAUCACGCAGCGCCCAACCUCCAGCCCGGUCACUGUGGAUAUUUUGAUAUAAACGGACACUGGCACCUUAUUAUCGAUCUCUCUGCUGAUCUCCCCAAGGACACGAAGCUUGUGACAGAGCCCCCCGUUCAACUGGGUCCAGUCUAUGGAGAGACUAUGAAAUGGACCAAAUGCAACGCGGAAGCUGAAAUAAGAAUCGGAAACUUGCCCCCAAAAGCUGGCUUUUCGCUGGGCUUUACAACAACAAAGUCCGAGUGUGGCCUUCUCUUGACCGACCCCGUCCAAUACAGGGCAUAUGAACCAGAUGAACCUUUUCGCGAUUGGGUCAAGGAACAUGGCCGUGAGAAAAUUUCUCAGCUAAAAUUUGAUGACCCAGUCUCAGACCAUGGGCUAUUCCUGGUCACCCAAGUAUACUGCACUACGCACUGUAAAGUAGCGGCAGUUCUGGGAGCGAACAAAGAACUAUCUGUUCAGUGUACAGGGAGUGCUUUGGAUGGACAAAAAUUAAGUGGCAAAGGGAAUUGGGGAAUGAUUACUGGGGCCGGCGUUUCCCAGGAAUUUAAAGCCGAGGAUGGAAUAGAGUAUACGGUCUUUGCUGGUGGCUGGUGGUACAAACCCAGCUGGGUAUUCUGGCCUUUUCGUCCGUUCAAUCCAAUCGUAUUGAGGAUGCCAGAGGCCGUCCAGCAAGAGGUCGACAGAACCCAAGAGCGAUGCGUUGGGGACGAAACUAUGAAGGACCGCAACGGCGCUUUGGAGAAAUGGACUCAUGAAUCACCUGUUGGGGGUUAA